UAGAAAAAUAAAAACUAAAAUCACUUAACUUAUUAUAACUGUGUUUAGCAAGAGCUAUAUAUUUGUAACUUGUUGUUUCCCACGAAACAAGAAAAGGGAUUUAAGUUUUAACUCGCAUCAUGGGAAGGAAAUAUUCAUUCACGUCGCUGGUUACCACCAUAAAGAAUAUUUCUACGGCGCAAGCUCAGAAAUAGAAGAGCUUGCGAGAGUGGUAUAGUUCGGCUUGCAGACCUUGUUUUCAAACAGUCGUCGAGGUUCAACGGUUGCCUCGUGAACGUGCCUUGCAAGCACAUUUUUUUCUAAUCAACGCAAUCAUUUUUUUUUUGUUUUCUUUUUCUCUCUCUCUCUCUCUCUUUCGAUGGAUGAUCAUUGGUCAUCGGAUACAAGUAUCAUUAAUAACGCGAAAUUUUUGAUCGCGAAUGAUGGACGGGAAUGAAACAAACGAAAAGAAAAAAAAUAGAAAGGAGGAAAGAAAAAAGAAAAAGCAAACAAUUACUUUACGAAUCGAAAUCAUUUUUUGAAUACGUACAAAUAUAAUUGUGCUUAUUAGUGUAAUUUAAUCAGUUGAUUAAAUAUUUUUUAAAAAACUAAAUAAAUUAAUAAUAAUAAUAAUAAUAAACGCGAAAGUGUGUGUGUGUGUCGGGAUAAAAUUUUCUUCCUUCAACCCCUCAAAGGAAAUAAAAUAAAAUAAAAUAAAAUAAAAGAAACAAAAUUGUGCGCGCAGUGUGGUCACGCGAAACUUCGUGUAUUUUUAACUAGUGAAGAAGCUAAGUUUAUCCUAUAGAAUAAACGGUCAUAGAUCAUAGACGAUCUCAUAAUUCCCGGGAACUAUGACGGCAACGUUGACAUUUCCAAAGUGACGCGAUUAAGAUCGAUUAUUGUUUCGAUCCUAUUAUCGAACGAUGAUACAUCGUGUGUCCCUUUUUUCUUGAUUUAUUUCACAAUUUAUACAAUUAAAACAAUAAUUACGACGUUUAAUAUAAAUAAUAAGAAAAGAUAAGAAAAAAAAAGAACAAUUUUACAAAGAUUCAUCUUUAGAGAAAUCAUUCAAAGAUUUUUUCUAUACAAAGUUAAACGAAACUAUCAACCCCUUUGACCUAAGAAAAAUUUCAAUUCUUACAAUUAGUAUUUAAAUUUUCAUUUUUUAUUUACGUUACACUUCCUAACGUCAUUAUUUUUUUUUUUUAAAUAAAUAUAUAUGCAAUUCUAUAAUCAACGACGAAGAUAAACAACCGAAAUAACUUGAUAUAUAAAAAAAGAAAAAGAAAAAGAAAUGAAUAGUCCACGAAGCUCGUGAACUUUUAUUGCGUAAAGGGAAUUAUUGGAGUAAGCGAGGUUACAUUGUGGAGGAGGAGGAGGAGGAGGAAUGUCUAGUGUAUCCGACAGGUUGAUAGCUCGAUCCAAGGUUAUCUACAAACAGGGACUGUACAACGAGUCUAAGAGCUUAUGAGUAUUAUUUGCUAAUAGGAUAUUCAUUCACUUGAAUAUUAAUUAUCGAUUAUCAUAAUACGAACGUGGGAAAAUGAUUAAGAUAAUUUUCACAUAUUUCUAAACAAUUAAUUCAACAUCUCGUAUUAAUUAGAUAAUACGUAGAAAAAAAGUGUUUUACUAUUUCUACGUUUGUAUGUAUAUAUAUAUACAUAUACAUAUAUAUGUAUCUAGACUGGACAAACAUUGUGAGUUUCCUUUUCGAUCGAUAAAAGGUUAUCCUCGAAUAAUCUUACAACUUUAUCUCUACUUCUACUUCUCUUUCUCUCUAUAUAUAUAUAUAUUUAUCUAUCUAUCUAACCAUCUAACUAUCUAUCUCAAUUUAAUUCACUAUUACUCUUACACGGUAAUGGGAUUACUGGUACUUAAUUGUACGUCAUCCGGUGGAGUGCAUCUGUUUACACCGACUACGUAUUUAAUGAAGUUAACACGUGGUAAUUGCCUUAAGAGCAUCAUCACUAUGAUACGGUGAUAGCAAAGAGGACAAGACAAAAAAAAAAAAGACGAGAAAAGAUAAAAUAAUAUUUAUAAGGAAAGCAAAAUAAUAGAAGUGUUAUCGUAAAGUUUUGUCAAGAAUUUUCUUAGGAUUUUUUUAAUCGGAUCCUAGAAUUAUUAAGGGGGGUGUGUAUUCGAUUUAGUUUUCCUUUUAACGAUGAGUCAGAUCUUCUCUCGAAUUUCUAAGAAAAUUUAUCGAAAGACGUAUAACUACGUCAUGGUUUAUAUGAAUGCAACGUAUCAAUGUGGAAACUUUUAGUGUAUGAGUAAGAUAAUAUAAAAGGGAAGGAAGACAAAUAAUUACGGAAGGAAAAUAGGGAGAAAAAUAAAGGUCUCUGACCGUUUUCUCGUAAACUUUUAAUCUUGUAACAAAAUACUUAUCGAUCAAUGUCAUGAUAAAAAGUUAUAUACUAUUUUUCUCAUUCGUUCAUUUUAAUUAACUUUCUGUAGUUUCUUUAAAUCAUUGAGAGAUUAUACUUAAAACAAUUUAUCCUAAUAUAGUCUUUAACACUUUAUUAUUAUUAGUUUUUGUUUUUGUGAUUUAAUUUUUAUAUUAUUUUUACUUCUUUUCUUUUUUUUGAAAAGAUAAAUCUCUCGAAGAGUUUCAAUUUGUCGAUUAACGAUGGGACGGAAACAUAAACGUCGUUUAAUACCGGAACAGGAUCGUAGAAUAUGUGGUAGUAUCUGUUUUUGCCAAUUCACCAUUGUCAUCAGUUGCGUGGCUUUGGUUUACCUCAGUGUCGCCAUUUAUAUGCCCUCGCACAGAGCUUUUCACGCUGGUAUAGAUCCGGAUCCGGUAAUGUGCCAAACGGUUAAUGCCACUUUGGUAAAUAACUGCAUAUGGGCGAGUUGCGGUGAAUGGUGCUUGACGAAAACUACCGGGUUUUGUCCCCAAAUACACGCAACUGUCAGACAAAAUGGGACGGAUGUGAUCUUUGAAAAUUGCACCAUGUUCAACAGCAUCUCUUGUCCUAAAGUUAACUUGGGGAAUUUGAAGAAAUACAAUUGCAAUAAUGGCAGCGAGUGCAGUACACUAUCCGGUGUAUUUAAUUGCAGUUUAGGACAUUGUUCUAACAUGAGCGAAUUGAUGCUUUGUCAUUACAAAGCAGAUGGUGUCUUUGUAGAUAGCGAGAAAGAUAAUAUGAAAUUAAAUGGUUUUUUCAGUUGUCAAAAUUCCAAAUGUACCAAAAUUAGAAAACCUUUUUCCUGCGAUAGAUAUUGUCCGAAAAUUAUUACCAAAGAUAUUAACGUUUAUCUUAUGCAAGAUGACAAUGUUAUAACUGCUAAAUGUUCACAAGGAUUAGCAAUGAACAAAGCUAAUGGAAAUUUACCUGGCACAAGGCUCACCGAACCUGUCAAAAUUUGGGACGAGGAUGAUGGUAGCAUAAUUGCGAGUUGUUUGACAGUUACCAGAAAAGGAAACAUCAUUAGAACGGAAGAUUGCGUGAACGGUACAUCAUUGAACAAAGUCACGAUUCCUGAACACUACGUCAAUUUUACAACCUUUCUUAAUAUUUACGAGGAAAGCCUUAAAUAUCCCGUGGAUUCAGAAAAUUUGUACGUGCCGGCCCAACGAUCAUUGACGAUCUACAAUAAUUCGCGUUUGUAUAUAAACUUGGAGGGUUGCGUCAACACUCUUAAGGGUGAGUGUCGUGAUUUUCUCAAAAGCCAUGGACGAGAUGGGGACAAUCAAACGGCUCAAAGUAGAUAUCCCUGUUACUACAAUAAGAACGAUUCGUUUUUCGUCGUGGCACGUUUCGAUUUAAACAAAACUAAAACAGAAUUGUUAAUAGCUAUCAUCGUACCAUCGGGACUAUUCGUUAUCAGUUUGACAACCUUGAUCGUGAUAACACGUUCAGUGCAAGUCGGUGACGACGCAAAGAUGCGAUGUAGAUAUUGCACGGAGAAAAAUGAGGACGAGGGCGAGGACGAAGGGUUGGUCGAAGGUACUACACCCACUACUACUCCUUUAGAUCAUACCAAUGAAAAUGAGAUCAGAAGUAUGGCACUUUAGCAGUUUAAACCACUCGGUAUGAGCAAUUUCAUGAAAUACGAAAGAUUGCCAUUGAUUGACACAGAUGAAGCAGAGGAUUCCUUUUAAAAAAAAAAACUAAAUCAAAUCUAAUAAUAAUAAUAAUAAUAAUAUAAAGAAAUCACGACGAAACAUCGAAAUACGUUCAGGUGUUAACAUACAAUAAAAUAUUUAUUAUUUUAUACACACGAGAAGAAAGAAAUAUGUGUGAAAUUAUUUUAUGUUAAA